AUGGCCAAUGGUGGCAAAGACUCUCAUUCGACUCCACAAUUCCCCACACAUAAUGCGCCUCGCGUCUGGCUACUGACUUCUGGCGACUCUCCUGUUGGCAUAACUCUUGCGCGACAAGUUCUAAACCACGGCGAUUACGUGGUAUCUGGUAUUAUUCCAGCAGAGUUCGAGAAAGAUGAUACGCGAAGUGAGGAAUUCAAAAGUUUCCUAUCGGAAGUGGGUCGGCGUGGUGGAGAUGGUUGGAAGGAGAGAUUGAAGAUUGUGGCUCUGGAUAUUAGAAUGAUGGGUCAAUGUCAGGCUGCUGUUGCAGAAGCUGUCUACGCCUAUGGCCGAGUGGAUAUACUCUUUUGCUGCACCAGUCAAGCCAUCGUAGGAACGGUUGAAGAGCUAGCUAUCUCCAACCGGACACAGACCCUCGUACGAGAUCAAUUUGAGACCAAUUUCUUUGGGCCAAUGAACAUUAUCCAAAGUACACUACCGAAUAUGCGCGAGCAGAAGAUUGGCCAUAUUAUCGUGCUUGGAGGUAUUACUGGUCAUCUGGGAACACCUGGGUUGGGAAUGUAUUGCGCAGCAACUUGGGCUUUGGAAGGCUUCUGUGAUAGUAUUGCGUAUGAAAUUGCCCCCUUCAAUAUCAAGAUGACAAUUGUGCAAGCCAGCAUUGAGAUUGGAAUAUUGCUCAACCGGAUUACGUCUGCGCCACCUCACCUAGCGUACGCUCCAGAUGCGAACAAUGCGCCCCUAUUUCGUGGAAUCCUCGACGGAUUACUGAACAGGCUUCCAGGCAUCAGAGCGCAGUAUGUGGCGCAGAAUCAAGACCCAUACUCACCCAAAUCUGACUCGGAACGCAUGGGCGGUCCUAAUAUCCUAAGUCAAACCGAAGUUGUCAGCCUCUAUCCACCACUAAGCCAAGCACAUAGCGAAAAGUUGCUUGCAGAAACGGUACAUGCACUUACAGCCAUCGGUGGCCAUGAGAAUCCUCCCACUAGACACAUCGUGGGUGUAGAAGGUGUUGCCAGUGUCAAGGAGAAGCUCAAGACCGUGAGCGAAGAGCUUGAGGACUUUGUCGAAGCAAGCUAUGCCGUUGAUGUACCGAUCGAUUCACAUGGAAAUCCGAAGAUGGAGAUUGUGGAUGGGGACGAUGAUGGUCCAGUUGACUUUGGUAGUCAUGAUGCAGAGGAUAGACAUAGUUAA